AGGAAUAGAAGGAGGAGGAGGGGGACGGGGAGCGGACCUGCUGCAUUUCCUACAGCAAAGGAAGCGUCAUCAUCUGCAUCUACCCGGGGAAGGAGGGAUCAGGACUCAGGAGCUACCCGGGCUCAAAUGUGAAGCCACAGAAGAGCAAAAUAAACAGCAUAGCCAUCCACAAAAGGGGGGAAGGGGCCACACCAUAGGGAAUAUUGCAUUUGCUCCCCCGACCCCCCUUCCCCCGAAUCCUGCAGACCCUGGCUGUGUGUGCAUUGCUGAGCUAUGAAUUCAGCAGAACAGACCGUAACAUGGCUCAUAACCCUGGGGGUGCUGGAGUCGCCCAAGAAAACCAUCUCGGACCCGGAGGGCUUCCUGCAGGCGUCCCUGAAGGAUGGGGUGGUGCUGUGCAGGUUGCUGGAAAGGUUGCUCCCUGGCUCAAUAGACAAGGUGUACCCCGAGCCGCGGAGUGAGAGCGAGUGCCUGGGAAACAUCAGGGAAUUCCUCAGAGGCUGCUGCAACUUCAAUUUGGAGACUUUUGAUGCCAAUGAUCUAUACCAAGGCCAGAACUUCCACAAGGUGUUGAACUCUCUUGUUCUUCUGAAUAAAGUUACAGCGGAUAUUGGCCUGGGGAGUGAUUCUGUUUGUGCCCGUACAUCUUCUCACCGGAUAAAGUCUUUUGAUUCCCUUGGGUCACAGUCAGGCAUCAGUCGUUCUUCAAAAUUGUUGCAGGGUCAAUACAGAAGUUUGGAUAUGACAGAUAACAGCAACCAUCACAUAGUAGUGAAGGCAAAGUUUAAUUUUCAGCAAACCAAUGAAGAUGAGCUUUCCUUCUCCAAAGGAGACAUAAUACACGUGACGCGGCUUGAGGAUGGUGGCUGGUGGGAGGGUACGCACAGUGGGAAAACAGGAUGGUUUCCAAGCAACUACGUCAAAGAAUUAAAGUCUUCCGAAAAGCCAGUGUCUCCAAAGUCUGCCACCCUGAAGAGUCCUCCAAAGGGAUUUGACACAUCAGCAAUAAACAAAAGCUACUACAAUGUGGUGCUACAAAACAUUUUAGAAACAGAAAAUGAAUAUUCUAAAGAAAUCCAGAAUAUGCUCUCCAAUUAUCUGCGUCAUUUACAAACCAGUGAAAAGUUGAGUCCCACAAGUACGUCUUAUUUAAUGGGUAACUUGGAAGAGAUCUGUACUUUCCAGCAGAUACUUGUUCAGUCAUUAGAGGAAUGUACAAAGUUACCAGAAGGGCAGCAAAGGGUUGGAGGAUGUUUUAUGAGUUUAAUGCAACAAAUGAAGAAUCUGUAUCUUGCUUAUUGUGCCAACCAUCCUUCAGCAGUCAAUGUCCUGACACAGCACAGUGAGGAGCUUGGGGAGUUCAUGGAGAUGAAAGGUGCCAAUAGCCCUGGAAUUCUUGUGCUAACAACGGGUUUGAGUAAGCCAUUUAUGCGUCUGGACAAAUACCCAACAUUGCUAAAAGAGUUGGAGCGGCACAUGGAGGACUAUCAUCCUGAUCGUCAAGAUAUCCAAAAAUCUAUGACUGCUUUCAAGAACCUUUCGGCACAAUGUCAAGAAGUUAGAAAAAGAAAGGAACUGGAAUUGCAGAUUCUAACAGAGGCCAUUCGAGGAUGGGAGGGAGAAGAUAUCAAAACUUUGGGUCCCGUUAUAUACAUGUCUCAGGUUAUGAUACAGAGUGCUGGAAAUGAGGAAAAGAAUGAGAGAUACCUCCUGCUUUUUCCCAAUGUAUUAUUAAUGCUGUCCGCCAGCCCAAGGAUGAGUGGUUUUAUAUACCAGGGCAAACUUCCAUUGACCGGUAUGUGUGUCACAAGACUUGAAGAUAAUGAAAAUCAGAAAAAUGCUUAUGAAAUAAGCGGUAACCUCAUUGAAAGAAUAAUAGUGUCAUGCAAUAACCAGCAAGAUCUUCAAGAAUGGGUGGAUCACCUGCAUAAGCAGACUAAAUUCAUCACUUUAAUGAACCCUUCAAUCAAACCUCAUUCUGUUCCAUGUCAUACUCUUCCUUCUCAUCCUGUCACCCCAUCAAGCAAGCAUUCAGACUGCAAACCUGCACCUCUAACUCCUGCCUAUCACACGCUCCCGCACCUUUCGCACCACGGAACGCCUCACAGUACCAUAAGCUGGAGUCCAUUGGAGCCACCUAAAACCUCCAAACCCUGGAGUUUGAGUUGUUUAAGGCCUGCGCCUCCACUUCGUCCCUCUGCUGCAUUAUGUUACAAAGAGGACCUCAGUAAGAGCCCCAAAACCAUGAAAAAGUUACUUCCCAAGCGAAAACCAGAACGGAAACCGUCAGAUGAGGAAUUUGCACUAAGGAAAAGUACAGCUGCUCUAGAGGAAGAUGCUCAGAUUCUAAAGGUGAUUGAAGCCUACUGUACAAGUGCCAAAACACGGCAAACAUUAAAUUCUACAUGGCAAGGCACUGACCUGAUGCAUAAUCACGUGUUGGCUGAUGAUGACCAAUCAAGUCUAGACUCCUUGGGUCGUCGAAGUAGCCUUUCUCGUUUGGAGCCUUCAGACCUCUCCGAAGACUCUGACUAUGACAGUAUAUGGACAGCCCAUAGUUACAGAAUGGGGUCUACUUCUCGUUCUCGUAAAGAAUCAGCACCUCAAGUAUUACUUCCAGAAGAAGAGAAAAUCAUUGUAGAGGAAACAAAGAGUAAUGGUCAAACUGUUAUAGAGGAAAGGAGCCUUGUUGACACAGUGUAUGCAUUAAAGGAUGAAGUUCAGGAGUUAAAACAGGAUGGAAAAAAGAUGAAGAAAUCUCUAGAAGAGGAACAGAGAGCACGCAAGGAACUUGAGAAGCUCAUCAGGAAAGUCCUAAAAAACAUGAAUGAUCCAUCUUGGGAUGAAACCAAUUUAUAAUGGUGUAAACCUUGUCUUCUUUAAGAUCAAGUGGCAAAACCUUGGACCUGCUGUGGUCCAUGUGGCAGGAGCACUAUUAAAUCAGAUUUAACUGGAUUAUAAUAAUGACUCUCAGUUGCACUGUACUGAAACCCCGUAUAGCUGACCGUCUACAGGAAACUUUCACCAACUGCAAGUGUGAAUCUCACAGAUUUUGAACAGUACCAAUGUAUUCAGAUUUCAACUAUACACAUUUCUUACCUCAUUUUUCAGACAGAGCAGUUGUAACUGAAAGUGCUUUUCCACUGACUUUUUAAAAGACUAUAGAUAUAUAUUUCUUUUUGUAUAUAGUAUUCUGAAUUCAUUAUGUAAAAGGCACUUGGGGCUUACUCACAUUUAUACCUGUUUUUUUUUUAAUUUUACAUAAUUUGUCAUGUAUACAUGUACAUAUUUCUAAACAGUCUACCUAAAAUGACUAGUGACAGGAGACAAAAAAAUUACAUCUCACAUGCUUUUAAAUUAAUAAAUAAAUAAUAAAAAAUGACACGUAAGGCCAUGUAUUUAAGUAAUUUAAUUGCCUUAUUUAUAAACAUGCAAAUAGCAUAAGGUUGUAAACAACGGGCUAAAACAAAGCAUGGAAACCUGGAGCCAUUUUAAUGUAAGACGUUUUUUUCUAACAACUGUGAUAUUUGUUUAUACAUAUCUAUUUAUUAAUAUCUUUCCUAACACUAAUAUGGAAUAUUUUUGUUGGGCAACUAAAGGUGUAAAUAUCUACCUGCUUUUUUCAGUGUUCAUUUAUUGCUUUUUGCAAAAACAUACUGACUGAUCACUGCUACUAAUGAAAUUAUACAGUAUAAUUGAAUUGACUGUCUGCAUUUUACUUUUUUAUUAAUUAACAGUAAGAUCAUUUUACUUUUAUAUAGAGGUGUAUUCAGAUGCUGUAUUUGAUCAUGUUACCUCACUUGUGUGGCUUAACUAUUCAUAUGAGGUCAUCUUGCCACACCUUUAUUGACAAUCCACUGAUAUCGACUUGCCGAUGUAAUAUACAGGACACAAAUUUUGCAAAUGAUUUAUAGGGAACACUCACUUUUUUAAAUGAACUGUGAACAUUUUAGUAUAUAAUUUAGGGUUUUCUCUCAGGAUAUAUUUCAUGUAGGCCUCAACGGCAGGAUUUCCCAAUGUUUUUAUAUUACAGUAUGUGACAAUAGAUGUCAUCACAUGUCCUAUAUCUAAUAUGACUGGGGAACUUUGUCCCAUAAAAAAAAAAAAAUAUUCACAAUAUGCUGGGAAACUCUAAGCCCUAUAGGUGCAGGUAAUACUACUUGGGUAUUUUAUUUUUGUAUCUAAAGUAGAGUUCUGCCAUUUGAAUUUCUUUUUUCUGUCUAAGCCCAUGUGAGUACCAAGGAUUCAAGUGGUUGUUUGCAAGGGUUCUGUUGUUCUUAUGUUUGCUUGGUAUUUGGCAGCACCAUUUUGCUCCAUUGUUAGCCUUUCCAUUUUCUAUAUGCACUAAUGGUAUUUUUUUUUUCUUCCUGCUUUGAAAUAUUUAAAAGUAAUUAUUGGAAAAAAAAUGGUUAAUUAUAGCUUGAUCUGGGUUGAAGAGGCUACCACAGAAGUUAUUCUUAGAUUGGAAUGUCAAUUACCAUGGCAAUAAUUAUUUUUGAUUAACAUAUUAAUAUUACAUUUAAAAUACAGGGCUGUAAUUGUUUUACCAUUUUCAUUCCCAGUUAUAUUUGUGCUUAUAUGUUAUUUUCCCUUGUGGUAUAUUGUGUAGAUUUCACAUUCCAUUGUUAAUGAAAACAGAGGGAACGAGAAAGUGGCAAGGUAAAGCUAAGGAACGUAGGUAGCAAAAGAAUGCUAAUCAUUAUAUGGCUGGAAAUGAACUUUUGCAGCAUAUCUCUAUAUUACAGUUUUGGUUUUUAUUCCUUAAAAAAAUGAUUUUAUUAUUUGUUAAAACAGCAGUUAUCAAUUGGGGACUUUCUAUUUUGUAUGGUUUAGUGAUACUGUAUAAAUCUUGUAAAUAGAAGGAAAAUGUAACAUUUUACAUUAUGUGACUCGGAGAAAUGGUAGAAAUAUUCUUAACAAGCUUGUGUAUUUUCUUUUAAUCAUUAUUCUGAUAUAAUACUGAUUGUGGCACUAGCACAACACUAUGAAAUCAAAUUGAUGAACUGCAGCUUGAUAAGUAAGCUAUCAAUUAUAAUUUACAGAAAAAAACCCAUAUAACUGCUUGUCUCUGCCCAAAUUGGUGAUAAUCUAAAAAUUCCUCUAAUAGGUAGCAAUGUGGGCACUUUGUCAAUAAGCCCAGGCAUGCUGAAAACAUACUUUGCGUAUCAACUUCGGCAAGCAUACCAUUGUUCACCACCUCUGCUUUGGGGGAGAGAUAUAAAGUAUAUUAAAGUGGUACAGACUGCUUGUAACAUAGUUGUCUGUAAGCAAUGAGGAUACUAAGCCAUUUCUUGGGUUUACAUAGGUACAGCAGUUUUGUCUUUAGUUCUGUUGUGUUGCAUGGCAAAUUAGUAUGUGGGCUUGUCUCGUUAAAUUGCAUGUUUCCUCCCACCCAGUGAAACUUGGGAUUUGCCAUUUAAUAGCAACAGUCUAUUCAGAGCUUCUCUUUAGGAAAAUCAACUGAGUGUGGUAAUCUUCCAUACUAGAGAACCUUAUACAUUUCAGUCUAUGCUAAAACUGACAUUUAUGUAAAUGUCCAUAAGGCGUCAAACUGCACUGAUAUGUAGAAUGCUGGGGAGCAGUAAUGUUAAUAUAUUUGCAGUAAUAAAGUAAUACUUUUUUUAAUAUGCAGACGGGCUUUAUGAUGCCUCAUUAUUGACCACUACAAUAUUUGUAUUAUGUCCAUGUAAAUAAACAUUUAUUUUAUUGCUACAAAAUAAAUGUCUCACUUUAUAGAA